CCGACUCGUGGAGACGAUAAGGAGACGAUGCUCAUGCUCGCCUCACGCUCUUCUCCUGCAUCAGCCGCUGCUCCUCCCUCUCCCUUCAAGCUCAGCUAUGGAAUCGUCGCUCCCCCGGAGAAAAUCCGAUCGUUCGCCGUAUUUCCUACCCGAAGGCCGAGGCUUGAGGCUCUAUUCCCCUCCUUUCCGUUGCCCCGCCGCCUCUUCUUCCCCACGGUUUCUGCCUCAGUUUGGGACUUCCUGACGAGUGGCAAUUCCGCUCAAGAUGCCUCCAUUUCCGUCCGCCGAGGCAUGCAGCUAUUCAGAGAGGGGGACGUCGGUGGGUCGCUGGUUGAGUUCGAUCGAGCCAUUGAAUUGGACCCGCGGCAGAAAGCGUAUCUCUGGCAGCGUGGAUUGUCUCUCUAUUACGCGAAUAGAUUUGAGGAAGGUGCAGAACAAUUCAGGUUAGACGUUGCAGCAAAUCCUAAUGACACUGAGGAAUCCAUUUGGUGCUUUCUUUGUGAGGCUCAGCUUUAUGGGCCCGAGGAAGCUCGGAAAAGCUUUUUAGAGGUAGGUCGAGAUCCACGGCCUGUAAUGCGGGAAGCAUAUGAUAUGUUCAAAGAUGGUGGAGAUCCAGAAAAGUUUUCGAAGAACUUCAUCAGUGGCUCAGACAAUGAGUACUUCUAUGCUUCUUUAUAUGCCGGUCUUUAUUAUGAAUCUCAGAACGAUACGGAUUCAGCAAGGCGGCACAUCGUUGCAGCAUGCCAAAGCACUUACGGGUCAAGAUCAAACGACUACAUGGCUGCACUAGCCAAGGUUCACUGCAGUUGCAGAGGCUGGAGCAAAAGCUGAAAGCUCUUUCGAUUUCGAAGCCUAUUCACUCGUGUAUGUAUCUAUGCCAAAGGGGAAAAGGGGAAGAAUGGACAAAGACUCUGCGGAGUACAAGUUCAUAUAUUUUUUUAAUAAUAUUGAAUUCCUACAGGUUUUAGCUUUUAUUUUUUAUUUUUGAAAAAUAUAUAAUUUUUAUUUUAGCAUAACGGGACAAAUGAAAUUUAGACCUUAUAUAAAUUUAUGAAUUUGAAAGGUUACAUUGAAAAUUUAUCUCA